UAUAUGUCAGUGAACCUGUCACGAAACUCAACGUCAACAAUCUUGAAUUUCUUAAAGUGGUGUUUGAAAAUUAAGAAUUUCUGUUUAUAAAUGCUGCAAGUUUAGUAUUGAUAUAAAAAUGGCAAGUAUUACGUCGUACAACAAUGACAAAGUCGUCACAGGGGAAGUGGAAUAUCCUGCAAGUGAUCCCGCAUCGGGCGCAUUCUUCCAACCAGAUUAUAAAAAAAAUGAAGACCUGAAGCUAAUGCUAGAUGGUUCGAAGGAUUCUUUGAAGUUAGAGGCAAUGAAAAGAAUAAUAGGAAUGAUUGCUAAAGGAAGAGAUGCUUCAGAUCUUUUUCCAGCAGUUGUUAAGAAUGUAGUAUCAAAGAACAUAGAAGUAAAAAAGCUGGUGUAUGUAUAUUUGGUGAGGUAUGCUGAGGAGCAGCAGGAUCUGGCUCUCUUAUCUAUCAGCACAUUCCAACGGGCUUUGAAGGACCCCAAUCAACUAAUCAGAGCUAGUGCAUUAAGAGUGCUAUCUUCAAUCCGUGUUACUAUGAUAGUGCCGAUAGUGAUGUUGGCAAUAAGAGACUCCGCCAGUGACAUGAGUCCUUAUGUACGUAAGACUGCCGCACAUGCUAUACCAAAGUUGUACAGUCUCGAUCCAGAACAGAAAGAAGAAUUAGUGGCAAUUAUUGACAAGCUAUUGUCAGACAAAGCUCCCCUAGUAGUAGGGUCAGCUGCGAUGGCCUUCUCCGAGGUCUGUGGUGACCGAGUCAGCCUUAUACAUAGGAGUUACAGGAAGCUGUGCUCUUUACUCGCGGAUGUAGACGAGUGGGGUCAGCUGGCGCUGCUCAAUGUGCUGACAGUCUACGCUAAGACAUGCUUCCCAGACCCCAAUGAAGAGAAUUACUCGAGUGACGAUUCAGCGGACAAGCCGUUCUAUGACUCGGACAGUUCAGGCGGGGGUGGGGGCGGGGGCGGAGACGCCGGGGGCAGGUCCAGGUCGUCUCCCAGCGUGGAGCCCGACCUGCGCCUGCUGCUGCGCGCCGCUCGCCCGCUGCUGCAGAGCCGCAAUGCCGGCGUUGUCAUGGCGGUCGCACAGCUCAUGUACCACUGCGCACCAGCUCAAGAACUGCCGCCUGUGGCGAAAGCAAUGAUUCGUCUGUUGCGAGCACCCAUUGAGGUGCAAAGUGUGGUGCUCAACUCCAUAGCCGCACUCACAGUCACCAGACGGUCACUAUUUGAACCGUUCCUCAAAUCAUUCUUCGUACGUAACUCGGAUCCGACACACAUAAAGCUUCUCAAGCUGGAAAUAUUGACCAACUUGGCGACGGAGGCGAGUGCGCCAGUGGUACUGCGCGAGUACCAGACCUAUGUGUCCUCCAGUGACAAGACAUUCGCUGGAGCGACCAUACAGGCCAUAGGCAGGCUGGCUGUCGCCAUACAUACGGAGACCGAGACAUGUCUCAAUGGACUGCUGCAUUUGCUGUCCAGCAAAGAUGAGUGUAGUUAUGUGGUCGCAGAGUGGGUGGUGUGCGAGGCGGUGGUGGUGGUGAAGCGCGUGGUGGGGGGCGGGGCCAGCUCUGCACGCGCCGCAGUCUCCCGCGCCGCCAAGCUGCUGCGCUCCGACAGACUGGCGGCCAACGCCCGCGCUGCUGCUGUGUGGCUGGUGGCGGAGCACGGGGCGAAGCACCCUCGUGCUGCCGCCGUACUCGCCCACAUGGCCUCCAACUUUGCUGACCAGGACGAGCUGGUGAAGCUGCAGCUGCUAUCCCUAGCGGUGAAGCUAUCCAUAACGCAACCGGAUACCGUGGCUAUGUGCCGCUACGUGCUAUCUCUGGCGCGGUAUGACGCAAGCUAUGACGUCAGAGAUAGAGCGAGGUUGCUCCGUCGCUUUGUGGAUCCUAGCCACGGCUCCCUGCUGCAGCAGUACGCGGCUGCCAUCUUCUGUCCGGAUAAACCUAAGCCCACUAUUGAAAGCAGCUUUAAGGAGAGACAGCAGUACACUGUGGGCUCACUAUCGCAGUACAUCGGCAGUGCGGCCGCGGGGUACCGCCCCCUGCCCGCCGCACCCCGCACACCCCUCGCCGCGGAACUACGCGAGCCCGCACCACAACCUGCACCCGCACACGAUGAACAUCAGAAAAAUAAGAAAUUCUACUCAGAGCCAGAGAGCGAUGGUUCAGGAUUCUCAUCAUCUUCUGAAUCUUCUAGCAGCACGGAAGAUUCUUCUGAUGACGAAGAAAGUAAUCAAGAGGAGAAGAAACAAGAAAAACCAACUGAAACUAAUAACUAUAGGUCUUCAAACUCUGGUACAUCAGACAGCGAAUCUGACAGUGAAUCAGAAAGUUCCAGUGUCAAACAAUCCGACAGUGUGUCUGAAUCUGACGAGGAAACGAAGACCAAGUCUGCUGGAAAGGAAUCAAAGGUAGAACCGUCACCACAGAAGACUAAUGAGAAGUCGAACUUGGAGUUAUUGCUGGAGCUGGACGAGGUGGCCAGCUCAUUGCCCACCAUGACGCCCACCUGUGGGGGAUUCCUCUCCCCGCCCACUGCCACUGCACAGACUAUAGGAGAUGACGCCAUAACUCCGGUGGGUCCGAGCGUGGUGCCGACCAGUAGUGCUGAGCUGUUAUCUCGUGUGGUGUGCUCCGGGCUGGGGGCCAGGAGACGCUGGACUCGAGCUCCACAUCUCUUCUCACACAAAAUGUGUUCACUUGAAAUUAUAUUUACAAAUCAUAAUAAUACUGAAGUAAAUAAUAUCAGGAUUAAUAAAAAGACUCUAACAGGUAGUAGAGCUAUCCAUGAGUUCGCGAGCAUCACAUCCCUGCCUCCUGGAGCAUCAGCCACCACCACCCUGGGCGUGGACUUCGCAGACUCCAUACAACCCAUUGAGUUCACCAUCAUCAGCUCAUUGGGCGAGGUGCCGGUAUCGAUAACUCCGCCUGUGGGUGAGCUGGUGCGCGCCGUCACCAUGACAACGGCGCGCUGGGACACAGAGCACAAGCGACUGCGCGGCAUGACCGAGUGUGACAAGAAAACGGUAAAGUUAAAUGACGAAGCGGCCAUUUGUAAACGCGUUUUCGAGACAGCUAAUGUUGCUGCCAUCACUUCUACUGGAGAUUUGUUGAGAUUCGCAGGUCGUAUGAUGUCAUCUCAAGAGCUGGUGCUGAUCUCCGUGCGGCAGGAGGAGGAGGGCAGCCUGGUGACAGCAAACUGCGCCAACAUGGCCAUCGCUUCCUUACUCGCUAAUGAAGUCGCUAAUGCACUUAAAUCUUUGUAAAAAUUCACUUAAUUUGUAAAAUAAAGCCUCUUGUACACAAAACAACAUAAAUCGUCGAAACUAAUGUUGUGUUGCGGGCACUUUAAAUCAAAAGAUAUGUAAUUGGCUGACAGCUUACAAUUUGCCUAGGUAAAUUACAAAUAAGCGGCAUUUACUAUCGAUAGGUGAUUUGACCUUUGUAUUUUAAUCUCCCUUAUCUACGUAUAUAAAAUCAAUUGGUGUUCGUUAGUCUCGCUAAA